UUCAAGGGCAUCCAGACGCCACUGGGCAAACCGUCCCCGAUCCUGCUCUACUUCUUCAUGCUGUUCGAGUACGACGAGCUGAGGGCACUGAAGCCCUCGGAGCUGGUGCGCCCGGUGGUCGCGCAGCAGAAGCGCGGCUUGAUCGAGGAAUGGCAGAAGGAGGAGAAGCUCCAGCACCGCGGUUGCGAGGGCGGCUACGACGAGGCCGCCGCCGAGCCCGCGUGCGAGCGCGCGUUCAACAAGGGCCUGCUGCAGGCUGGCGAGACCUGUUGGGAGCCACAGGCGCCGACGGAGCCAG